GGUGCGCCUCUCGCUCACACAGCCAGCGGUGCCAAGUACGCACGCACAGAAAAGCUCUUUUAGUGUUUGGUGUGUUUUUUUUUUUUGUUCUAUUCCUCUUUGGAGAGUUUUUUUUUUGCAGUCGGUUCUUCUUUGCAGUCCGCUGACAGGACUGAGAACUUCUUGCGGAGGUAAUUUAUUGAGAAAGUUGGAUUACACGGAGCCACUUGAGGGAGUAAUGCUGCUCAGAUGAUAAGCAGCGCUGAAGGACAUAUUUGUGGAAUCAACGGAACCCCGGGCUGUCAACGGCUGUGUGGCGAGUGUAGAUAAACCCCUUAUGAGGUGAAAACCCCUUCCUGUCCUGCAGUAUCCCCUCCCAGCACCAACAGCAGGAAUAAGGGAUGUCACGGCUCUUCCUCUUUUUGGCAAUGCUCAUUGUCUCCUGUAGCAUCCAGGUGUCUCCUACUGCUACCCUGGAUAAGCUGAUAGAGAGUUGGAAGCUGUACAUGGAAGAGUGUAAACACAACAACAGCAGAGAUCCACCAAGCACUGGUCUUGUGUGCAACAGGACUUUUGACAAUUAUGCCUGUUGGCCAGACGGACUCCCAAACAGCACUGUCAGUGUGGCGUGUCCGUGGUAUUUGCCAUGGCACCAUAAAGUUCAGCAUGGGAUGGUGUAUCAGGAAUGUGAUGCAAGCGGCCAGUGGAUGACUGCGAAGAACACCAGCGAGUGUGAUUCUCACGAUCCAAGUCUGCACUACUAUGACUAUAUCUGGGUCAUGUACACAGUGGGCUAUUCUUUAUCCCUGGUAGCUUUAGUCUUGGCUCUUGGCAUCCUUAUAUUUUUCAGGAAACUGCACUGCAUGAGGAACAACAUCCACAUGAAUCUGUUUGCCUCCUUCAUCCUACGAGCACUGUCCAUUCUCAUCAAAGAUGCUCUUUUGGAGGCCAACCACGCGUCACAGGAUCUCAGCAGAGACCAGGAACAGGGAUUCCCUCGUGCAUCUAUGCCUCCAGUGGAACUGCUGGUCAACAAUGAGACAACGGUUGGCUGCCGCGUUGCCGUGGUAAUGAUGCAGUACAGCAUCAUGGCCAACAGCUACUGGCUGCUGGUGGAAGGCAUCUACCUCAACAACCUCCUGGUCAUCACUGUGUUCACAGAGAGGAACUACUUCAACAUCUACCUGUGCAUUGGUUGGGGUACCCCUUUAAUAUUCCUUGUGCCGUGGGUGAUCGCUAAAUACAUGUAUGAAAACCAAGAAUGCUGGUUGCGGACUAUAAACAUGAAUUACUGGUGGAUAAUUCGUUCCUCGAUAUUACUAGCUGUUGUGAUCAACUUCCUUAUAUUUAUCCAUAUCAUCAAAAUUCUUGUGUCCAAACUUCGAGCACACCAAAUGAGAUACACAGAUUAUAAGUUCAGGUUGGCUAAGUCAACUCUAACCCUGAUCCCACUGCUGGGUAUCCAUCAGGUGGUCUUUAUCUUUGUGACGGAUGAGUCCACCAAAACCACCAUCGGUUUGCGUCUCACCAAGCUCUUCAUUGAUCUCUUCUUCUCCUCCUUCCAGGGUCUCCUGGUGGCCAUCUUGUACUGCUUUGUCAACCAAGAAGUGCAGUCUGAGAUCCUGAAGAAGUGGAAGCGCUGGAAGUUGGGGAGGAACAUCGAGGAGGAGUAUCGCCACACCUACAGCAAUACCCCCAACACAAAGACAGCGAGCCUGUUGAACCAUGUCUCACGACUGCCUCACCUCCCGGACAUCGCCAAAACCUCCGCCCCAGUCUGUAGCCCCGAAGAGAGGCACAUGCUUGUGGCUGACUGCCAUAACGGCGAGGUCCACAGUAAAGGGGCAGGCAAGUGUGCCUGCCCGCUGCAAAAGGAAACCAUCAGCAACUGCAGUCUGGUGGAAGAUAUCAGCAGCACGGACAAGAUGCAGUGUUGCGAGGCGCAAAGAGAGAACAUGGAGAGCCACCUGUGAAAGGCCUUGGCACGACAAAGAAAGUUGGAUGAGUUCUCGUCUGGCUCUGAGAGACUGCCCCGGUUGGCUGAGGUGCUGUGCUGAUGGAGUCACUUGUCUGAGCAGUCCUCGAAGAUUAGCCUCACUGGGAGAUCGAGCGGCACUCAGCAUUCGCCACAGCCCGAGAACAGAGAACAAUACGGCAGACAUUCACACUGAGAAGUCUGAUGUGCUGUGAGUCUCGUGGAAGGAUUUCUCUAGAUAUUUGUCAGACAGUAUAAUAAGCCAUUGCAUGUUCAGCAAUGGCAUCUCAAGACAAACAAGCCAUGUAAGAUAAUAUUGAAAAAAACCUGAAACCUCAAACAAAAAACAGCAGCAGCAACAACAACAAAAAGACAGAGUCCUUGCUUGAACCUCUGCUUCAAUUUGUGUUGUCUAUCAAAGGUUGAGUUUUUGUGGUACUGGACGUUCAAUACAAACUGGACAUUGAACUGUGUACACGAAGAGACCAAACAAAUGAUACAAAACAAGGGGGCAAAGGAGAAUGCUUUUUUUUAAUAUGCUUUGCUCUGAUAUCUGUAAAUAGUUUUUUGUCUUUUGUUGAAAAUGUAAAAAGAUGAAACUUUCUGCUGCUUGUACGUCAUACAGACCACAGUGUUGUUCAAGCGGCCCCGUCCAGGGCUUCUGGGAAAUUGGCAGCUGCUCUCUCCAGGUCCUUCCUGGCUCACAUACAGACAUUAAAAGAGGUCAAGUGAUGGUAUGGGAUGAAUUAUAAAUAAGCUAAAAUGAUCAUCAUUUAACUUUCAUAUGUGUUUCAGAUAAAAAUAAUUCGUUUUUAUAUAUAUUUAGCUCAAACCUUUCACACUGCUGAGUGCAGUUGUAACCGUUUAAAUGUGCCAGGUGUGUUUUCAUGGAGAACAGAUGAAUUUCUGGGUCACUAAAUGUGUGUUGUUUUCCCCCUUUGCCAUUAUGAUGUCGCACACCUUGGCAUAGUGUAUGAACUUCUAUGGCCACUCAGUCCCAAUGCAAUGAAAACUUAUAGGGAAAAUCAUGCAGUUAAAUCUAGGAUAAAAAAUAUACAACAUGCAGACAUGACCUGCAAAGCCGCACGUGCAUAAAGUACGAGUUGAGCGUCAUCACUCAAAAUGACACGUCCCCUCUGGCACAAGGGUGUUUUUGUGAUGUUACAUAGAAGCUGUCACGCAUGAAAACUGCAAAGAUGUGGUGGGAUUAAGGUGUUUGACUCACUUGCCAAGGAUGUGUGCCGUACGAUGCCAUCACAGCAAUGUAUGAAAAAAAAGACUGCGCUAAUGACUGCAUGUUCAAUGACGGUGUUUAAUAUGCACACUUACCCUGUGUCUACUGUGGGUGUGGACGCUUCGAACAAAAUUCUCUACCCUAAAAGCAGAACAAAGUUUUCUAAUGACAAUACACUGAGUUGCUAAAAUGUUUUGCCACAAUUAACUGAACUUGACUAUGUAUGUAUGACAAUUUGCACAAUGUUAAUUUAUAAUUGGUAAAUACUGUGUGUGUGUAUAUAUGUGUUUAUAUGGAGGUGAUUGUAUUUGAUUGCAGUCAAUAUAUUUCAUGCAUGUCUGUGAGGGGGGCAUGUACGUAUGUGCAAGUAUAUUUUCAGGGUAUGAAUGUGUGUAGUUGCAGAUUUGUGGAUGUGUUGCAGUAGGAUGAAUUUUUGGCUGUAGCCAGAGGAGCGAUGGGUUGAUAUAAACCAGCGCAAGUGGCUUCCCACAGAGGUCAGAGGUCAUUAUGAGCCAGUCUCAGUCUAGCAAACACAGUGUUUCACCAAAGGACAUUCCCAGAUGCCUAUAUAAGGCGUAAGGAAGACACAGCUCUAGGUUUGAUUUUGGAAGCCACUUUCAGUGUGAUUCCUCAAUGUCAUUUUGCAGCUCAGAGCAAAUUAGAGCACAACAGCGACAUGUUUGUCAUUGAGGUAAUAGCUCUGUGCACUGACACAUCCCCCAGUUGCUGCUGUCGAGUCAGUGAGCAAAAACAAAUGGCAGAUUGUUUUUCUUCAACAUCUGCUGAGGACUGUAAUAGAGCUGGUAAAUAUCCAAUAGUCUGAAUUGUGCUGGGAGUUUGACGCACAUUCUGCAGCUCAGAAGUGACUUCGUCUUUAUUUGCGGAGAAGAAUAACUCACACAGUACUAGAGGAAUUUUGUACACAUCCAGUAACGUGAAUAUUCAGGAGAGGUAAGCAUAUUGAUAUUUUUUAUUUCAAACCAAUACCUGUGUUUUAAGCUGUGACCCUGACCAUGUAUGUAUUUAAAGCCAGCAGCUUGGGUCACUCCCAUUCCUGGGCCAAAGUGGUUCUGCCUGAAUGUAUUCUCUGAAAGGCCCAAAUCAAUAUGUUCCUUUGUAUUUUCUCUUAAAGAUGGUUAUAUAGAGUAUAUAUGUGAUGUGAAGAAUCAAUCAGUAAAAAAUGACUGUAUUCAGGUGUGUACAGUUGAUCGUAUAUUGUGUCGGCUUUGUGCAAAUGGUGAAAGAAUAAAUUACAAUGUAUGUGAAAGAUCA